CAGACUGGCCAUCGGGAGAAAUGGGCCGUCAUGCAGAACAUGCCACAAAACAGCGGAUAUACAGAAAUGUAGCCUAUGUCACUCACACACAUGCACACUCGCACACACGCACGCACACGCGCACACACACACGCACACACACAAACAGGACAGGAGAGAGAACACAAGAGGUUAUCUGUCAGCUUGGUGUGUUUGUUGUCAGUGGAAGUUGUUUAUUUGUUUAUUUUGCUGCGGUGUCACGAUGUCAGGACAAAACAGUGAUCAACUGCAUCGCACUACUCUGGGCGUUUAUACAAGCCUAAUGGAGCAGUUCAACCCAAGUCUGCAGAGAUUGGUGUCUCUGGGAAACAGCUACAUUCAGGCAUUUCAAGGCCUUGCUGUAACGAGUGAGGCCUAUUUCAAUGCUCUUUCUAAGCUGGGUGAACAAGCCAUGCAGAGUAUGUCUUCUCGAUUGCUGGGUGACGUAUUGAUACAGAUCUCAGAGAGUCAGAGAAGACUGACCAAUGAACUGGAGGGAGUGUUUCGCCGGUUCCAUUCUGAAGUCCUCCAGGAGAUGGACAAUAAUGUGAGACAGGAUAAGGAUUACAUCUUGACCAGCAGGAGGCGUUAUGAAAUGGAAGUGAGAAACCAAGCAACCGCUCUGGAGAGACAGAUGAGGAGAGGUGUCCCACAGGAUUGCAGUGAGUAUGUACACUUUCUCAGAGAGAGUCAGAAUGAGGCAUUAAAAGAGGAAGAAAGGAGAUAUCGAUUCCUGGUGGAGAAACACUGCGGACUCACCCAGUCUAUUGCAUAUCUUAUGAACAAGACAUGGGGCAGUCUGCAGAACAGAGCAGAAGGAUGGAAAGAUCUGGUGAAUCACACAAGAGAAUCCCAUCCACACACUCCUUCACGACUGGAGGAUAACACAAUUGAUGACCGUGUUAGCCGCUGGGCAGAGCAAUCUCUGGGCAGAGUUCCCUCUAGAGGCCCCUCUCCACAACCAAGUCUUUCCAGCAACUUUUCGGGAUUGGCUGGAGGCAGAGUGAUGCGAGCAAUGGUGCCUCACCCUCCCACUGCAAACCCCACACUUCUGCCCUUCUCCCGGGAAGAAACCAUCACCCUACUCGCUCAGGAGCCAAGGAAUGGAUGGCUGUAUGGCCGAUCUGAUAGCUCUGGACGACAGGGCUGGUUCCCAGCUGCUUAUGUAGGCCCAAUGGAUGAGCCACCUGGACCAUUUGUCUCCAGCAGCUCUUUCAGAAGCAGCAGCAGAUUGAGCAACCUCCUAGACCAACCAGGGAGCAGACAUCACUACGUGGCUCCGCCUCCACCUGCGCCCCCUCCACUGUCAACAACCAAAACUAGCGAAUCCCGGCCAAUCACCCCCACUCCUUCAGCUAACAGAAGACAAGAUCACUAUGGGUCUCGACCAGCACUUUUCCCAAGUGGAACGAACCCAUUUGCCACAGUGAAGCUGAAACCCACCAAAACCAAUGACAGAUCAGCUCCACGGAUAUAAAGAAGCAUUUCGAGCAAUUACAGAUUAGUUUUGCAAGUUUUACAAAAUGUCAUUCAUUAACCAAGAUCGUUUUAUCAAUACAGAAGCAUCACAGUCAAUAUAAUGCAACUCGGCAAUGAUCAAUGACUGGAAUUUAAUCAGUGAGGCCUUCAGAAUUGAGGUGUAAGACAUUUUACCUUUAAAGAGGUCAUCAGUAAUUUCUAGUCUGCUGGGGGUAAUGCAAUAAGAAAUACUCUCAAACAGUAAAAUGAGAAGUGUGUUUGCAGACAUGAAAUCAUUUCCUGGGUUUUAUAUUCUGUGAUUGUGCUGACUAACCAGGAAAUGUAAAUGCAGGGACUCAUUAUUAAACUCUGAUGUUCAAAGUCAGCUUAAUUUCAAGUUCUCCCAAGAGCUGAGAUAAGAUGUCUUUGUCUUUUCUGGUCUUUUUCAUUUCGCUGUUUUCUUAUAAUUUAGUAUAUAAUUAGCAUUAUGUGAGCACAAGUGCUUUUCUUAAAGUAACACAUGUUGUCUCUGAUGCACUUUAAAAUGAACGCUGCUUUGUAUGUUAACAUUAGGGAUGUUUUAACUACAGUUCUAUGUGGUUUGACCUCUGGGACCCUGACUUCUCUGAGAAGUCGUCGUCGGUCUCUCUCCGGCUCUGUGCUUGAACUUUGUCUCUUAGCUCAGUUAAUUCAGCUGACAUGCCCAAUUAUACACUGCCCUCAAACUGGGUGUUCUGUCUGCUUAAGUGCCUAUAAAGUAAAUGUUCUUUUUAACCUUGACAGUAAUUGGUGUGACCCUCUUCUGAGGUGUCAAACCCAUUAGUGCUGCCCAUUUGUAGUGAUGUACAUGUCUUAUAUCUCAUCACCAUUUGUUGAGAUGUUUUUCGAGAGUAUAUUUUGUUUUAUUGAUGGUACUGCUGAAUAGUUAAAACAGAGCCAUCUGUAACUACUGUAUAUAAUAUCAGUGAUUGAUGUUAUAGUUAUGCUUGAUUUGGCAAAUACAGGUAAAAUACAAUGUAAAAUAAAUGUAAAGUUGAUUCUUUGUCUUUAAAGCAGUCAUUUAUUGAAAUACGUCAGCUGCAGUGUUUGGGAUUAAAUGUAGUGAUGCUAGUUAUUUAAAGUUGCACUAAAUUUUUUUCUUUCUUUCUCAUUAAAACAGUAAU